AUGUCUCACAGCAAUGGCAUUAACGUCGAGGGCGCCACUCAUAAGCAGGUUGUGGAUCUAAUUAAGAGCGGAGGAGACAAACUCACACUAACCGUCAUUUCGGUGACUCCAAGAGAAGCUGAGAAGUUGGAGCCGAACGACGAGACGUCCACUUAUUCCUACUUGGAUUACAGCGAGAAGAGAUCACUUCCCAUAUCUAUUCCCGAUUAUAACUAUAUCGAGAGGAAUGCCGACAAAUACGUUGUGUUCAACAUAUAUAUGGCGGGCCGUCAUCUGUGUUCCCGAAGAUAUAAAGAAUACGUUAAUCUCAAUACUAAUCUAAAGAAAGAGUUCCCGGACUUCCAGUUCCCAAAACUUCCGGGAAAGUGGCCCUUCUCUCUGUCUGACCAACAGCUGGACACUCGGCGCAGGGGUUUAGAGCAAUACCUUGAAAAGGUUUGUGCCGUUCGGGUGAUCGCAGAAAGUGAUGUCAUGCAAGAGUUCUUAACUGAUUUCGAUGACCAACACGGCACGAACUCAGCACCGGUUGAUCUGAAAAUACUUCUUCCCGAUAAGACCACGAUUUCAGUGAAUGUUCGCAAAAAUAGCUCAACGGUUGACGUGUUUGCAGUGGUGGUCGAGAAGGUAGGGCUCAACAAAGAGAUGUCUGAAUACUUUGCUUUAUACGAAAUGGUUGAGUACGGCUUCGAACGCAAACUCUCCCGAAGUGAAUAUCCACACUCUCUCUACAUUCAAAACUACUCGACCGCCGCCUCCACGUGUCUUCUCAUUAAGAAAUGGUUGUUCUCUUUGACCAAAGAAAUAGAGUUAAGUAGAGAUGAUUUGGUCGAAACCUUCUUCUUCUGGCAGGCUGUCGAUGAUGUAAAUAAGGGUCAAAUAAAACCCGGGAAUAAACUCUAUGAACUCAAAGCACUUCAGGACUCGUCCAAGAAAUCAGAGUAUCUAAAACUGGUGCGAACUCUUGAUGGCUACGGAGAGCUAUCGUUCCCUCACUGUCAAUGUGAUGCCCGCAAAGAAGGACAUGUGAUGGCAACGAUAGGCACCACUUGUUUCAAACUGCAGGCCUGUAAAGACGACGGGUCGCUAGAAUCACAAGUAAUAGACUUUAGUUGGGAGAGCAUUAAGGAAUGGGAGAUCGAUGAAGAGGGACUGGCAUUCGCUUUUCAAUACAGUAGACCUGAUAAAAAGCCACGAUUCGUGAGAAUCCAUACGCCAUAUCACGUUUUCCUUUACGACUGUUUUGAACGAAUUCGAGAGGAAAGGGAUUCAAUGGAUCACAAGAAAGUCGAAUAUAGAGACCAACGGUUUUAAACAGUUAUGAAAAUGAGUACAAUCUUAUCACUCAUGAGAACCUUUACAUUCACGCCAU